AUGCAGACUUUCGGCUCUCCGGUGUCAGCGGUCACUAACGUCACAGCCGCUGUGAUGGUCCUGACUGCCCCCAAUGGCAAAGUUCCCAAAGACCGCAGCUGGAAGGCCAGCAAGGUCAUGAUGGCCAAAGUGGACGCUUUCCUGGACUCCCUCAUCAACUUCAACAAGGAGAACAUCCAUGAGGCCUGUCUUAAAGCUAUCCAGCCCUACCUCCAGGACAAAGAGUUCCAGCCGGACCUGGUGGCGUCCAAGUCCCAGGCAGCUGCGGGCCUCUGCUCCUGGGUGCUGAACAUUGUCAAGUUCUACCAGGUCUACUGUGAGGUGGAGCCCAAGAGGCAGGCUCUGAGCAAGGCCAACCUGGAGCUGGCAUCGGCCCAGGACAAGCUCUGCACCAUCAAGAACAAGAUCAAAGUCCUGGAUGAGAAUCUGUCCAAGCUGACGGCCAAGUUCGAGAAAGCCACAGCAGACAAGCUCAAGUGUCAACAGGAGGCAGAUGCGACCGAACGCACCAUCACUCUGGCCAACCGCCUGGUGGGAGGCCUGGCAUCAGAGAACGUCCGCUGGGCUGAGGCUGUGCAGAGCUUUAAGCAGCAGGAGAGCAGCUUGUGUGGAGACGUCCUGCUCAUCACCGCCUUCGUCUCCUACCUGGGCUACUUCACCAGGGGCUACAGACACACGCUGAUGGAGCUCAGCUGGAGACCCUUCUUUCAACAGCUCGCGGUGCCCAUCCCUGUGACCCCCGGCCUGGACCCUCUGACCAUGCUGACGGAUGAUGCCGAUGUGGCCACUUGGCAGAACCAGGGGCUGCCGGCCGACUGCAUGUCCAUAGAGAACGCCACCAUCCUGAGCUCGUGCCAGCGCUGGCCCCUGAUGGUGGACCCCCAGCUCCAGGGCCUCAAGUGGCUCAAGAACAGAUAUGGAGACAGCCUCCAGGUCAUCCGCAUGGGACACAAGGGAUACCUGGAUGUCAUUGAGCGGGCACUGGCAGCUGGGGAAGUGGUCCUAAUCGAAAACAUUCCCGAGACGCUGGACCCGGUGCUGGGCUCGCUGUUGGGAAGAGAGACCAUCAAAAAGGGCAGGUACAUAAAAAUUGGUGACAAAGAGUGUGAGUUCAGCCCAAAUUUCCGGCUCAUUCUGCACACCAAACUGGCCAGUCCGCACUACCAGCCCGAGCUGCAGGCCCAGUGCACCCUCAUCAACUUCACUGUGACACGGGACGGGCUGGAGGAGCAGCUGCUGGCCUCUGUGGUCAGCAUGGAGCGGCCCGAUCUGGAGCAACUCAAGUCUGAGCUGACCACGGAGCAGAACGGUUUUAAGAUCACGCUGAAGACGCUGGAGGACACGCUGCUCUCGCGCUUGUCCUCUGCCUCGGGGGACUUUCUGGGGGACACCGAGCUGGUGGAGAACCUGGAGACCACCAAACGCACCGCAGCCGACAUACAAGAGAAGGUAAAGGAAGCCAAGGUGACAGAGGCCAAAAUCAAUGAAGCCCGAGAGCACUACCGGCCAGCCGCAGCCCGCGCCUCCUUAUUGUACUUCAUAAUGAACGACCUCAAUAAAAUCCACCCCAUGUACCAGUUCUCUCUCAAGGCGUUCAGUGUGGUGUUCCAGAAGGCAGUGGAGAGAGCAGCUCCAGACGAGGCCCUCCCACAGCGGGUGUCCAACCUCCUCCACAGCAUCACCUGCUUUGUGUUCCAGUAUACCACCAGGGGGCUCUUCGAGUGCGACAAGCUCACCUACACAGCCCAGCUCGCCUUCCAGAUCCUGUUGAUGAACAAAGAAGUGGACCCUCUGGAGCUGGACUUCCUUCUGCGGUACCCAGUGCUGCCUGGUGUGAGCUCGCCUGUGGACUUCCUGUCCCACCACUGCUGGGGUGGAGUCAAGUCGCUGUGCGCCAUGGACGACUUCCGCAACCUGGACCGAGACAUCGAGGGCUCGUCCAAACGCUGGAGGAAGUUGGUGGAGUCGGAAUGUCCAGAGAAGGAGCCUCUGCCUCAGGAGUGGAAGAACAAGACGGCUCUGCAGAGGCUGUGUGUGAUGAGGGCGCUGAGGCCUGACCGCAUGACCUACGCUGUGAGGGACUUUGUGGAGCAGAAGCUUGGGGCUCAGUUUGUGAGUUCACGAUCACUGGACUUCUCUGUCUCCUUUGAGGAGUCUGGACCGGCCACACCCAUGUUUUUCAUCCUGUCUCCGGGAGUGGACCCCCUGAAAGAUGUGGAGAAGCACGGAAAGAAACUGGGAUUCACCUUUGACAACAAAAAUUUCCACAACGUGUCACUGGGGCAGGGGCAGGAGGUGGUGGCGGAGCAGGCCCUGGCUACAGCAGCCAAAGAAGGCCACUGGGUCAUCCUCCAGAACAUCCAUCUGGUGGCCCGCUGGCUGGGAACCCUGGAGAAGCUCCUGGAGCAGGCAGAGGGCAGCCACCAGGACUACAGGGUGUUUGUGAGCGCAGAGCCGUCCUCCACCCCUGAGGGCCACAUCAUCCCCCAGGGCAUCCUGCAGAACUGCAUCAAGAUCACCAACGAGCCGCCCACCGGCAUGCACGCCAACCUGCACAAGGCCCUGGACAACUUCAGCCAGUCGAACGUGCUAACCAGAAGAGCGCAACUUGAGCACGUGCUGAGGAGAGGCUCUGUGGCUGUUUGGAAUACAGGACAAUCCUGA